UGGCAACGUUGAUGUCUAGGCCUUGCUGUGAAAAGUAUGAUGUGACAUUUAUUGUUUGACCGAUAAAAAAAAUAAAAAAAGUAAUUUUCGCCUGUGAUUAAUGUAUUUACCUACAACGUAUAAAAAUAAAGUAAAAUGGACCAUCUAAGGGACAACCAAAGUCUCGGGUUAAGUACGGAGCAAACGGAGAAAGUGCUCCAGUUUCAAGAUCUAACUGGCAUAGAGGACAUAACGAUAUGCAGGGAUGUCCUACAAAGGCACCAGUGGAAUCUUGAGGUAGCAGUCCAGGAACAAUUAAACAUUAGGGAAGGCAGGCCUACCGUAUACGCGCUGGAGUCCCGACCUCCUGCCAUUGUAAGCGAUCAUUUAGGGCAGCAUUUCUACUACACUCCGCCUACAGAUGGAUCUGGAAGUGGCUUCAGGGGGCUGCUCAAGACAGUCAUUAAUUUUAUGUGGAAUAUGUGCUAUAGCUCGUUCAUCACGUUCUUACAAAUAGGCCGAAGGCUGUUAGGUAUCGAAUUCCGACCGAGGAGUAACCCUCUGCAGGACGUGAUGGACUUUAUAAAGGUGUACGAGGAGAAAUACUCGAGAUCGCAUCCCGUAUUCUAUCAGGGCACCUUUUCGCAAGUGCUGAACGACGCCAAGAGGGAACUCAGAUUUCUGUUGGUGUACUUGCACGAUUCGGCUGCCGCAGACACCGACUCCUUUUGUAACACUAGCUUGGGCAACCAAGAAGUAAUCAGAUAUAUCAAUCAAACGUUUUUGUUUUGGGCCUGCACGGCCGACUCGGACGAGGGCAAGAAGACCGCGAACGCCGUUAAAGCCACGCAUUACCCGUUUUUGGCCAUUUUGGUCCUGAAGGAGAAUAGAAUGACUGUUGUUGGUAGGUUAGAGGGAUUUUCGGAUCCGGCUUUAUUGAAGCAAAGGUUGACUACGGUUGUGAACGAAUAUGAAAUAAAUUUGGUGUCUGCUAGGGCUGAUAGAUACGAGGCCAGCAUCAAUAGGUCGUUAAGGUACCAACAAGAUGAAGCUUUUGCCGAGAGUCUCAGAGCAGAUCAGGAGAAAGAAAGGAUAAAAGAGGAAGCCAGGAGAGCCCAGGAAGAGGAAAUUCGUAGAUUAGAAGAGGAGAUGCAAGCCGAAGUGGCGAGAAAAGUGCAGUUCGCCCAAGAGAAAAUAAAUUCUUUGAGCAAAAUACCCUCAGAACCUGAUCCCUCUCAUCCAGACGCGGUACAUGUAGUUUUUAAGUUGCCUUGCGGCAGUAGACUGGAGAGAAGAUUUCUCAAAACACAUUCCCUGGAGUCUGUCUUCUAUUUUGUAUUCUGCAAUCCAAAUGCACCGGACACAUUCGAGAUAACGACAAAUUUUCCCAAACGGGUGUUGAAAUGCCAAAAGGAACACAAUGAAGUGAUAGAAACCCUGGAGCAGGCUGGUUUGAAAAAUAGAGAAGUGCUUUUCGUCAACGAUUUGGAUGCAUAAAAUAACCACUACAAUUUUGCGUUGUUAAUUUAAAAUCCAACAGAUCUUUCUAUAGAUUAGAACGUUUGGUUACCUCGCGAAAGAGUCCAGCACUGUUAUUUUUAUAUAUUUUUAUGGGAAUAUUAUAUAUUUGUGUCAAACAUUAGCUAAAACGGAAUAAAAUUAUUCUAAUUAAUGUUUCAAUUUAAUUAUUUUUGCGCAUUUCGAAUUGUUUGAACAAGGCUAUUAAUAGGUUUGUUCCAAUGAAGUAAAGUUGUGCUCAGUAUCUUCGUUGGAACAAACCUAUUGAUUAGUAUAAAUGGUAUGUGAAUUCAAAAUUAUAUUUUGCCAAUGCUAAAAACAUAAUUUUUAUGAUAUGUUGUAAACUAAGGAAGUAAAGAGGUACCAAAUCGCGUUCAAUUGGCCUACUUGUAACUCCCUUCACUGUAACCUUAAGACAAUACUUGAGUCUAUUUUUGUAACACUUCUUUGCAAAAUGGAGUUAAAUUGAAUUAUUGUUUAAUUUCGAUUAUUCGUGUAGAUCCCACAUGUGCAAUAAAUCCAAUUUAUUGUUUCAAAUUUGCUAAAUUUUAUUAAAUGCAUUGUUUCCAUAAACUUUACAGUUUGCACUUCAAUAGUAACAACUCGUAUAAUUUCCACAUUGCACUUUUUACUGUCUUGUAAGAAUCACAGAUAAUAUUUUCGUGUUCCAGAUAAGUUAUUGAACUGUUUCUAAACUUUACAGUUCAGUAUCAUUAUUAGAACAAACAUGUUACUAUGCUCUUAAACAUAGCAAAUUUGAAUAUUAUUGUUUAGAUGUUACAAUUAAAAAAUAAAAACACAACCUGACACUAUAAAUGUUUGGUGUACGUAUAAUCUAAAUUUUAGUUGAAAUAUUAUCAAAAAUUUAUCAUUCCCAAAUAAUGAAUGGUUAAUGUUGAAGAAUUUCGAUUUUAUUUUGGGUAUCAUAACAAACCGUUAUUGAUUGAAUGUAUUUUUUAUAGCAUUUAUUUUAUAUUUGGAUAGCAAAUAACUGCAAGUAUU